UCGGGACGCGGACGCCGACGCGGACGCGGACGCCGACGCGGACGCCGACGCAUGGGCGAGUCCAAUAGCUCUACUAUUCUAUGAAUAGUCGAGCUAAUGAAACAAAAACGUCGGGGAAUUUAUUGAAAUAUUUAAACUUAAAAAGUGCACACUUUCUUCUGGAACUGAGUAUAUAGAAUGCUGAAUCCAUUUGCGUUGUAUUUCAACAAUCAAGCCUUUGUUUGCAGAACAGGGACUUAUUUUCUUUACAACUCUUAUUUUACUCUUUCUUUGACCGUUGACUUUUACAAGAAGUCUAAACUAAAAGUAGAUAUGGUGCACCUGCGCUGAAAUAAGUAAUUAGUUUUGACGAUUGUAUCAUUUGAUUGGUAAGCAACGUUGAACCGGUCACUUGAAAAGAGUAAUUAAAGAAUCUAGUCCAGUUGGCGGCUAAACUGGUCGUGUGGCUAGUAGCAGGUGUACUCACAUUUAUAUAAGGAUAGAUGUCCGGCGAUGUUCUCUGCCAUUUGCCGACAGUGUAAGUAAACGUUAACCGGGAGAUUCGUUUUUCUUUGAAUACGAAUUUGCUGGUUCUCAACUUAUCGACAUUUUAAAAAUUAAUGAGAACUGGAAUACCUGGUAUUAUAUUGAGACAUGUUUCCGGAUACCAGUAUUUAACAUUUUAAAAAGAAAUAGCAUUGUCAUAAAAUUAAAACAACAUCAUAGAUUGGUAUUAUCAAAUUUGAUAUAAGAAUCGUAAAACUAACAAUUUCACGUAAAGAAGUUUUUAUUCCAUGUUUUACAGACCAUGGGCGUAUUAAAAUAUAUAAAAACUGCAUCACAAAACACUGUUUCUUUAAUUCAUGUUAAAAAUGUAUUGCGAAUGAAAGUAUUUCUAAACUCGAAACUUUGAAGAAGAGUAAAAAAUACUUAUAAAUCCGGGCACAUGUUCCUUUAUCAUUUACUUGACAAUAUAAGAAUAGUUACAUGUUUGGUGACUUUUUUCUUUGUAGGGUAUUUUGAUCAACCAGACUUUCAACGAAAAAUUGCAUAGCAGCAGACGAUCUGAUGAUUGUAGCUGUAUUCCUUACCGGCCUGGUGGUCGUCUGCUCCGCGUCAUGCCCUCACCAAAGGCAGGGACUCAAACGUUGGUCAGACGUUACAACAUGGAACGCUCAUAACAAGCUCUUGGAAGGUGACAGCGUGUUUAUUGCUGAACCUAUUCUGUUGGACGAGUCACCCCCUGACCUGGAAAACAUCACCAUAGAAACGGGCGGAAGUCUUGUGGCUGACCCAGAAUCCAAGGUUACUCUAAGGGCGGCUAAUAUUUAUGUUUGGGGCUCACUGGAAAUUGGGAGUGAGGAAUGUCUCUUUGAUGGGGAGCUUACCAUAACACUUACAGGAACACGAGAAUCUCAUGCUGGCGAGAAGAAUCCGAAGGUCAUUCUAGUUCAAAAUGGCGGAAUACUGGAAAUACACGGCAAGAGUAAACUCCCAUGGACUAAGAUUUCCAGGACAGUAGGACCUUCUUCAGCGGGGGAAGUAUACUUCGAACACAAGACGAGUGAGAAUGCAGACGUAGAAUACUAUAAAAAGGGUCUUUCUAUCUACACAUUUACCAUCGACACUGAAGGAAUGCCUCAGUUUAAGCAAUUCGGAGUUUACGAUCUGGUUUGGGAAGGCAAAAACUUUGCUGAUCAUAUUAACAAUGUCGCUGAUGGAGACAUGGUGAUGAUGAGUACACAGAGAUAUAUUCACCGAGAUGAUUCCCAUGCAAAAUCCCAACAGUUCCUGGCAUAUGACGCCCUGGAAACUCUUCUGUACGGAGAAGUGAAUAAUGCCGGUAUACUACGCUCUGUACCGGACGAUGGAACUACAUAUGGCCUUAUUUAUCAAAAGGGAAAUACUGACAGUUUGGUGGAGAUUACAAAGCCACUUGGUGAGGGAUUUAGGAUACAUUAUAUAUGGAACGAUAAGCUCGUGUUUGCUGCCGAAACCGGUUCUGGGCCUAACUAUUACUAUCAUCUUGAUAACUUUAGAAUAAGUGAUAUUGACGCCGCUUUUCCACUACUUGACGUCAUCGAUGACGUCUCAUCUUGGAUGCCAGGGGACAAAUUGAUUGUGACGUCAACAGAUUAUGAUUGGCAACAGACAGAAGAACGGACAGUGUUUGAGUGUAACACCUGUACAGCCCGCCAACUUAGGGUUAAUGCACCCUUUGAGUAUACUCACUUUGGAAAGAUCAUAAAGGGAAACACAAUUGAUAUGCGGGCCGAGAUUGCUCUUCUAACCAGAAAUGUAGUUAUUGAAGGUGAGAUGGAAGACACGUGUCCCCCAGGCAACGGGAAUUGUGACGACAUUUACGUAUACGGCUGGGAUACUUUUGGCGCACACGUGAAGGUGUUGUACGGAUAUGCCAGUGUGCAUAUUGAAGGGGUUGAACUGCGGAAUGUUGGGCAGCACACAGAUUUAGGCCGAUACCCUCUACACUUCCAUAUGUGCCUAGAUCCCCCGGACAGCUCUAACCCUCCAUACAUCAAGGAAGUUUCCAUUCACCAUAGCUUUGCAAGAUGUAUUACAAUUCAUGGCACGAACGAAGUCCAGUUGAUAGAUAACGUCUGCUACGAUCAUAUUGGUCAUGGAUACUUUCUGGAAGACGGAAGUGAGAAAGGAACGCUGUUUGAUGGGAACCUCGCAGUAGGUGCUCGCAGAGGCUCCACUGACCUCGAACCAACUGAUGUCCACCCUACAAGUUUUUGGAUAACAAAUCCCAAUGUACGAUUCGUCAACAACUUUGCCGCCGGCGGCCAGGGAACCGGAAUAUGGUUCGUGUUCCCUGACGAACCAAUGGGCCCAUCCAAACAUCUCAAUGCAAUGGACUUAUACGAGGCCAAAUCAACAGCAGUCACACAGUUCUACAACAACGUAGCUCAUUCCAAUGUGCACAAAGGAAUUAUGUUCGGCAAUCGUCUGACAGCUAGCAGGACGCUAAUGUGUUGUAACCACUGGCAACCAAGAGCGGAUCCAAAAGACCCGGAAUCAGAUCCGAUUGAAAUUUCUAUUUCAAAAAUAACAGCUUACAAGAACAGACGCUUAAACAUAUGGGCAGAGGGAGGACUCAUAAACUGGACACAUAUUUCUGUUUCUGAUAGCACCAACGGAAUUAUGGUUCACAACGACCAACUGGUCGAUAGAUUUUCCGGACGUUUGAUGAAGUCUGUGAUUGUUGACAACAGUGAAAACAUCGGUGAGCCGGAGGAAGGGGACAGCAGGAGUAUACCAAUGUACUGGGAGAGGAACGCGCCGCAUACAGGAGUUACGAUGUGGUUUGGACCAACCAAAUUCAGUGAGUUAUGGCUUGAUGGCUUUGAACAGAACGAUCUGUAUGACACCGGAGCAAUCGGGCUGAAACGUGAUUCACCCUAUCUUUUCCCAAUGACAAACGAAUUUAGGGAUAUACAGCACGCGUUUGAUGACGGUCCUGGUCUUAGCAAUUUAGCAAUAACGGGAACGUUUGGUGUGAACCCUGGUUGGCCGGAUGAUGACGGUCAGAAAGUGACGGGAUUUACCUGGUACCGGAAUAUGCCUGAGGGUGUGCGCAGAUACUAUGUUGUAAGACCGGACCAUUUGUCGGCGGCAGCAGACGAUUGCAAAGUCAGGAGCAACUGGCGUCUAGCAAUUUGUGAGACUAAAUAUGGCGAUCUAAAGCUAAGAUUAAGAAAAGCAGACAAAAACAAGGGAGCGGUGUAUGUUCGCGAUGAUUUGCCUAGCGCCCAGGUGACUAUGAAGAUGGAGUUUACGAAUGGACCGCAAGUAGUGCUAGACGGCAGUCGUUCGUAUACAGUGCAUUUUCUCGGAGAGAUACCGGGUGAAAUGAGAAUCAAAGGGGAAGGCAUGGAAAUAGGUGACGUUCUCCGAGUUGGCUUUUGUUUGCCAAAAGAUGCUGUAUUCAGGAUUUCUAGUUUCUGGCCAUACAGACUACGCAGCGCGGACUACUUCACAAAAGUAAACUCUCUCGAGGAACUUGAUGCCGAAUCAAGCGAAUUAGACGGCAAGAAAUACUUUUAUGAUGACUCCACCGGAAUGUUGUACUACAAGUUUAUAAACAACAAGGACAGAGGUCCCAACGAAUGGAAUUCUUGUGCCGACGGAAAAUGCCCAUAUUUGAACAUCUACGUCGAUUCCGGAACAAUGGAUGACGCAGAUUGUCGUGAAAGACUGUACGGGGAUAAGCUAAACAUGCCAAAGCCAGCUCUUCCAACCUUCGAUGAUGUAUUGCCUGCAACAGGUGCCUCUGUUCCUCCUCAGGGGUGGGGUGCCGGUGUAACUCGACCAUUUACUACACGAGAUGUUGUCGAUGGGGGCCUAAGUGACUGGACUGGGUGGUCCAGAUGCUCAGUGUCUUGCGGAGAUGGUACACAGCGGCGAAUCAGAAAGUGUGACACUCCAAGACCGCAGAACGGAGGCAAAGAUUGUGAGGGACCUUUGAAAGAAGAAAAACCGUGUUUCGACAAAGCUUGUCCGAUUGACGGAGACUUUUCAGAAUGGACUACAUGGGGCGAGUGCCAGAAAACUGACGACUGUGCGGGAUUCUCGAGACGUACAAGAGAAUGCUCGAACCCUGAACCACGACACGGCGGUAUUUAUUGCACAGGGGCAGUAGAUGAGGUCCAGCCAUGUACCGUCUGUUAGUAAAGAUGUCUAGAACCAAGUUACGAAUAAAUCACUGACGCAUUUGCACCAUAUAUAAAUAUAUAAUUAUGUAUUAGUAUCAUGAAUUUAAUUAUAUAUGACAGUUGCAAUAUAAUAUCAUUAAACUAGCAAAUCGCUGUUUUAAAAAAAAUGAAUGUGAAAUGAAAUAAUAAAGUAUCUUGC